CUCCUGCCGCCCCGGGAGCGGUGGCGGAGGGCGCGGGGCGCGCGGGCGGCGACCCGACCUUUCCUCUCUUCUCUCCCCCAACUCCCGCCUCUCCCUCCGCUCGCCCUCAGCCCCUCCUUCCGCACUCCGCUGCCUCCUCUCUCCUGACAGCUGCCCGGCACCUUCGGCAGGGAGUUUGGAGCCGCCCCGCCGCAGAGCCUACAGCCGGCCGAGCCCCCGCGCCGCCGCCAUCUCUGCCUCCGCCUGGGUGGGACCUGGGCCUCGAGGUCUCCUUCCUACUUUGGAAACUGAAGGGACUGCGACGGAAACCAGCGCACUUCUCUGAAGUAAGAUGAGUUGUCAAAAAUUCUGUGUGGCUUUGUUACAUUGGGAAUUUAUUUAUGUGAUAACUGCAUUUAACUUGGCAUAUCCAAUUACUCCCUGGAAAUUUAAGUUGUCUUGCAUGCCACCAAAUACAACAUAUGACUUCCUCUUGCCUGCUGGAAUCUCAAAGAACACUUCAAAUUUGAGUGGACAUUAUGAGGCAGUUGUUGAAACUAAACUUAAUUCAAGUGGUACCUACUUAUCUAACUUAUCAUCCAAAACAACUUUCCACUGUUGCUUUUGGAGCGAGGAAGAUAAAAACUGCUCUGUACAUGCAGACAACAUUGAAGGGAAGGCAUUUGUUUCAACAGUAAAUUCUUUAGUUUUUCAACAAAUAGGUGCAAACUGGAACAUACAGUGCUGGAUGAAAGAGGACUUGAAAUUAUUCAUCUGCUAUAUGGAGUCAUUAUUUAAGAGUCCUUUCAAGAAUUAUGACCUUAAGGUCCAUCUUUUAUAUCUUCUGCUUGAAGUAUUAGAAGAGUCACUGCUGCUCCCCCAGAAAAGCAGUUUUCAGAUUGUUCAGUGCAACUGCAGUGUUCAUGAAUGUUGUGAAUGUCACGUGCCGGUGCCAACAGUCAAAAUCAAUUACACCCUUCUUAUGUAUUUGAAAAUCACAUCUGGUGGAGUAAUUUUUCACUCACCUCCAAUGUCAGUUCAGCCCAUUAAUGUUGUGAAGCCUGAUCCACCAUUAGGUUUGUGUAUGAAAAUCACAGAUACUGGUAAUUUAAAGAUUUCUUGGUCCAGCCCAACAUUGGUACCAUUUCAACUUCAAUAUCAAGUGAAAUAUUCAGAGAAUUCUACAAAAAAUAUGAGAAAAGCUGAUGAGAUUGUCUCAGCUACAUCUCUGCUAGUAGACAGUGUGCUUCCUGGGUCUUCAUAUGAGUUUCAGGUGAGGAGCAAGAGACUGGAUGGCCCAGGAAUUUGGAGUGACUGGAGCACCCCCCUUACCUUUACCAUACAAGAUGUCAUAUACUUUCCACCUAAAAUUCUGACAACUGUUGGGUCUAACGUUUCUUUUCACUGCAUCUAUAAAAAUGAAAACAAGAUAGUUUCCUCAAAAAAGAUUGUUUGGUGGAUGAAUUUAGCUGAGAAAAUUCCCCAAAGCCAGUAUGAUGUUGUGGGUGACCAUGUUAGCAAAGUUACUUUUCCUAAUUUGAAUGCAACCAAACCCCGAGGAAAGUUCACCUAUGACGCAGUGUACUGCUGCAAUGAGCAUGAGUGCCACCAUCGCUAUGCUGAGUUAUAUGUGAUUGAUGUCAAUAUCAAUAUAUCAUGUGAAACUGAUGGGUACUUAACUAAAAUGACUUGCAGAUGGUCACCCAGUGCAAUCCAAUCACUUGUGGGAAGCACUUUGCAGUUGAGGUAUCAUAGGAGCAGCCUUUACUGUUCUGAUGUUCCAUCUAUACAUCCCAUAUCUGAACCCAAAGAUUGCCACUUGCAGAGAGAUGGUUUUUAUGAAUGCCUAUUUCAGCCUAUCUUCCUAUUAUCUGGCUAUACAAUGUGGAUUAGAAUUAAUCACUCCUUGGGUUCACUGGACUCUCCACCAACAUGUGUCAUUCCUGAUUCCGUGGUGAAACCACUGCCUCCAUCUAGUGUGAAAGCAGAAAUUACUGUAAAAAUUGGAUUAUUGAAAAUAUCUUGGGAGAAGCCAGUCUUUCCAGAGAAUAAUCUUCAGUUCCAGAUUCGCUAUGGUUUAAGUGGAAAAGAAGUACAAUGGAAGGUAUUUGAGGUGUAUGAUGCAAAAUUAAAAUCUGCCAGUUUCCCGGUGCCAGACCUGUGUGCCGUCUAUGCCAUCCAGGUGCGCUGUAAGAGGCUAGAUGGACUGGGAUAUUGGAGUAAUUGGAGUACUCCAGCCUACACAGUUGUCACGGAUAUAAAAGUUCCUAUCAGAGGACCUGAAUUUUGGAGAAUAACUAAUGAAGACAACACUAAAAAAGAGAGAAAUGUCACGUUGCUUUGGAAGCCCCUGAUGAAAAAUGACUCGUUGUGCAGUGUGAGAAGAUACGUGGUGAAACAUCAUACUUCCCUCAAUGGAACAUGGUCAGAAGAUGUAGGAAAUCACACUAAAUUCACUUUCCUUUGGACAGAGCAAGCACACUCCGUUACCGUUCUGGCCAUCAAUUCAAUUGGUGCUUCUUCUGCAAAUUUUAAUUUAACAUUCUCAUGGCCCAUGAGCAAAGUAAAUAUCGUGCAGUCACUCAGUGCUUAUCCUUUAAACAGCAGUUGUGUAAUUCUUUCCUGGAUGCUAUCACCCAGUGAUUACAAUCUGAUGUAUUUUAUUCUUGAGUGGAAAAUUCUUCAUGAAGACAAUGAAAUUAAAUGGCUUAGAAUCCCUUCCUCUGUUAAGAAGUAUUAUGUCCACGAUCAUUUUAUCCCCAUUGAGAAGUAUCAGUUCAGUCUUUACCCAAUAUUUAUGGAGGGAGUGGGGAAACCGAAGAUAAUUGAUAAUUUCACCCAAGAUGAUGAAAAACACCAGCAUGAUGCAGGUCUAUAUGUAAUUGUGCCAAUAAUUAUUUCCUCUUCCAUCUUAUUGCUUGGAACAUUGUUAAUAUCACACCAAAGGAUGAAAAAGCUGUUUUGGGAAGAUGUUCCAAACCCCAAGAAUUGUUCCUGGGCACAAGGACUUAAUUUUCAGAAGCCCCGUGGAUUUUUGCAUCUAUAUUCAUCAGUGAUAUUGGCCUAGGCACAGGCCUGUCACCCGGCCAGAGCACCAAGACCCUUAGAAGUUACACCAGAAACAUUUGAGCAUCUUUUUAUCAAGCAUACAGAAUCAGUGACAUUUGGUCCUCUUCUUUUGGAGCCUGAAACCAUUUCAGAAGAUAUCAGUGUUGAUACAUCAUGGAAAAAUAAAGAUGAGAUGGUGCCACCAACUACAGUCUCUCUACUUUUGAUGACUCGGGAUCUUGAAAAGGGUUCUCUUUGUAUUAGUGACCAAUGCAGCAGUGCUCACUUCUCUGAGGUUGAGAGCACAGAGAUAACCUGUGAGGAGGAAAGCAGGAGACAACCCUCUGUUAAAUAUGCCACCCUGCUCAGCAACCCUAAGUCAGGUGAAACUGAGGAAGAGCAAGGGCUUGUAAAUAGCUCAGUCAGCAAAUGCUUCUCUAGCAAAAAUUCUCUACCUAAGGAUUCUUUCUGUAAUAACUCAUGGGAGAUAGAAACCCAGGCAUUUUUUAUAUUAUCAGAUCAGCAUCCCAAUAUAAUUUCACCACACCUUGCAUUCUCAGGAGGAUUGGAUGAACUUUUGAAACUCGAGGGAAAUUUCCCUGAAGAAAAUAAUGACGAAAGGUCUGUCUAUUAUUUAGGAGUCACUUCAAUCAAAAAGAGAGAGAGUGAUGUGCUUUUGACUGAUGAGUCAAGAGUGUUGUCCCCAUUCCCAUCCCACUGUUUAUUCACUGACAUCAGAAUCCUCCAGGACAGUUGCUCACACCUUGUAGAAAAUAACUUCAAUUUAGGAACUUCUGGUCAGAAGACUUUUGUAUCUUACAUGCCUCAAUUUCAGACUUGUUCUACUCAGACUCAGAAAAUAGUGGAAAACAAGAUGUGUGACCUAACUGUCUAA